AUGCCGUCCUACGUUGUUGCUGGAGCUUCUCGCGGAAUUGGGCUCGAGUUCGUCGUGCAACUCCUUGCCGGAGGGAACACGGUUAUUGCUCUCGCCCGCAACCCAGGUUCCGCCAAAUCUUUGGUUGCAAUCAAGGACAAGAACUUGCAUAUCCUGAAGGCCGACAUCACCAAUGCGGAGGAGUUGACGGCAGCUUCCGAAGAGACAGCGAAGAUUACGGGAGGAUCAUUGGAUGUGCUCAUCAACAACGCAGCAUACAUGAAUGCUGCCACAGCAUUCCUCGACAUCACUCAAUUCCCUGACACUAAAUCGCUUUUGACUGACUUCAACGCUGCAUUCUCCACCAACGUACUCGGCCCAGUUCUCACUACCAAUGCUUUCCUCCCUCUCCUUAAGAAAGGCUCCCUUAAGAAAGUUUUGACCUUGUCUUCCGGAUUCGGAGACGAAGAGUUCAAUUUGAAGGCAGGUACAUGGCAACAGUCGGCGUAUUGUGCGUCGAAAGCGGCCUUAGAUAUGGUCAAUGUCAAGUUCGCCCUGGCACUGAAGAGCGAAGGAUUCACUUGUCUCGCUAUAAGCCCAGGAGUCGUCAACACCCAAGAGAUGCGUAAGUACUCGCUAUACAUAAAUGUCCUUCGUCACUCAAAUUAA